UAUGUUUGUUUGGCGCUAUCCGCGAAUUUAAGUAUAGCGGGUUGAAUAACUUACAAGACUUUUUUAAUUAUCGACAAAUAAGACUAUACCAUAACAAACUUAGUAAUGUUUGAUACUGAUAAUGAGUCAAUAUCAGAGCAAAUAAAACGUGUUAGAAAAUACAUCAAAUUAAAAAUAUUAGAAGACAAUACAAGUUUUAGAAAUCAUGACGAAGAAAGAAAACACGUUUAUGAUUUGAUAACCCGCGUUAUAAUGCACGGAGAAUCACAUUCAGCGCUUAUUAUCGGCCCUCGAGGGUGUGGGAAGACAACACUUCUUAACUCGGUGCUGCACCAAGUCUCCCAAGAAGCUGAUGUACAGAAUGAUGCUCUCAUCAUCAAACUCAACGGUUUGAUACACGGUGAUGAAAAGAUUGCUCUGAAAUCUAUAACUGCUCAGAUGCAAUUAGAAAAUGCGGUCGGUGAUCAUAUAUUCGGCACGUUCGCUGAGAACCUCAGCUUCUUACUGAGCUGUUUGAAAACCGGUUCCGAUCGUACAUGUAAAAGCAUGAUCUUCAUUUUGGAAGAGUUUGAUCUGUUCUGUCACAGCGGUCGCACACAGACGCUGCUGUACAACUUAUUUGAUAUCACUCACAGCAAGCAAGCACCGAUGUGCGUUUUGGGUGUGACCAACCGUAUGGAUGUUAUGGAAUUGUUGGAGAAGAGAGUGAAGUCCCGUUUCUCCCAUCGUCACAUAUUCAUGUUCCCCAACGAGUGCUCUGAUCCUUUGACGUCGUGUAAGAGGCUGUUCGUUGAUACCAUGAGCUUGCCAACCAGCCUGGGUAAACGGAGAAAAGAUAAAAGGAAAAGAAAGAAAUCUGAAUUAAUAUAUAUUCCAGCUAUACAGGGGGACAUACAAACAGACGGAUAUGCUGUGCCGAUAGAAGUAGUCAAGAGGUGCAGCAUGGAAUUGACGGACUUUGAAAUAGAUUCAACAUUCAUAGAGGAGUGGAACGCACACAUACAGGAGCUGGCUGAGAACGAUAAGUUCAGUGAUGUUUUGGAGAAAUUUAGCUAUUAUACGGUCAACGAACAGAUAUACAGGAAUGUUUUGUAUCAGAUAAUAUCAAAACUAUCACCGGCGAAGCCUUAUAUCGAUGUGAGUGAUGUGUCAUCGUGUGUGGAUGGAACGGUGUCUCCAGAGCACUCGGUGAAGCUGCUGCAAUCCCUGUCCAUACUGGAGCUGUCCCUGGUGAUAGCCAUGAUGCAUGCUAUGGAGAUAUUUGAUGGCCAACCCAUGAAUUUUGAGAUGGUUUUACACAGAUACAGCAAGUUCGCCAACACCCACUCAUCAGCGCAGGCGGUGCCGCGGCCGGUGAUUCUCAAAGCUUUCGAACAUCUGCACCAGCUGGAGAUAAUAGUUCCUAUCAGGACGGACGGCGCGGGCGACGCCAGCACCAGCAGGGUGCAGAAGGAGUACAAGCUAUACACUCUGGGAAUCCCCGUCGAGGACAUCAAGGAGGCUGUCAAAGGGUUCAAGGCUCUACCCACCGAGAUCAGCCACUGGUUCAAUAGUUCGGUCAUGUGAUGCUGCGUCCGGUCCACAGAUCCUGCAGUAGCCUUUAUUACCAGUGCUUUAAAAAAUGACCUAAUUGAACCCUUUACACCUGAACUAUGUUUUGUUUGAGUUUUUUGUAAAUAAAAACACAUUUAUUGUUAAGUAGUAAUUUAAUUUAUUUUGUACUUUAAUAAAAUUAACCUGUUUUU